CGCAGGCUAAAAGAGACCCAAGAAAUAAGAUCAAAACAACGCCUCCUUUGUGUUUUCUCUUCAACCCUCCUCUCCACUUUUCCUCCAUUCCUUUCAUUGUUUUGAUCCAACCAUCAAUCCCGGGUUAGGAUUUCCAUCUCAACAAAGAAGACAUGGCUAACUCGGCAUCUGGGAUGCACGUAAGUGAUGAAUGCAAGGUCAAAUUUUUGGAGUUGAAAGCAAAGAGGACUUACAGGUAUAUCGUAUUCAAGAUUGAUGAGAAGGCUCAGCAAGUUGGAAUAGAAAAGUUUGGGAAUCCACAAGAGACCUACGAUGAUUUCACAAACUCUAUCCCUGAAAAUGAGUGCCGAUAUGCAAUCUAUGAUUUUGAUUUCACCACCGAGGAUAACUGCCAGAAGAGCAAGAUCUUUUUCAUUGCAUGGUCACCUGAUACAGCAAGAGUACGGAGUAAGAUGUUGUAUGCAAGCUCAAAGGAUAGGUUCAAGAGAGAAAUGGAUGGAAUCCAAGUUGAACUACAAGCAACUGAUCCUAGCGAGAUGAGCCUCGACAUCAUCAAAGACCGAGCUCUCUGAACAAAACCAAUCAAUCAUUAUUCUAAAUGAACCACUGCAUCUUUAUUCAUUACUAUUUCGUAUGUUAAGCUUUCUUAAUUUGUUUCAGUGACAUCUCCCAUUUCCCUUUGGGUAUUUCUGCUCUUUGGAAACAGUUUGUGUGGAUUUAAAGUUGUUUUGUUCUUGAGCUUUCUUUCUUUUAAAGAACUCUAAAAGUGAAAACCUUU